GCGGACGGUUCAGAGCGGUCUUCUUUUUUGGAGUUUUCAACUGGCUGGGUUGAGCACCACAGAGCAGACAGACAGGCUGUGUGAAAAAGGAAAGCUAAUUAUGAAUAAACCAUUUAAAUAGACUCACAUUCACUGAACAUUUAGUGUAGCAGUUAGCAGUGUUAUUAUUAUUAUUAUUAUUUUUAUUACCUUUUAUUUAACCAGGCAAGUCAGUUUUAAGAACAACUUCUUAUUUACAAUGACGGUCUACUCCGGCCAAACCCAGACGACGCCGAAUUGUGCACCGCCAUAUAGGUAAUCAGGUCGUGACUACAACUACAUUAUUACGUCUUUAAAACUACACUGUGUUGCUACAUUGUCAGCAGAUGGCGGUCUGAAACUUUAAGGCGAUGCUGCUGGUGUGACGUAUAAUGUAGUGGACGGAACGCUUCUUUCAACAGCAGCAACAGUUUGUGAGACACCUCGGUAGCUUGAUAGACAACAGAGACGAACCACUAAAGCUCUUUAGACGCUUUAGUGUAUAUUAGCCACUGUAUUUUAAACACACUUCUGUCGUCUUGUUAGUUAUCCACUUUAAUGUCAUAUUUGCGGUGUUGUUAUUAGUCAGCUGGUUAAGUUAGCAUUAGCAUAGCUAGCUAACAUCUCCGACAUGAGUUCACUAAACUACUCUCCUCCUGAUAAAGAAGAGGAGGUCUGCUGGACGGAUGAAGAAGCUCUCAUGAAAGAGGAAGAGGAGGCUGUUACAAUACAAAAACAAGUAGAGGGUGAGGCUGUUACGGUGAAAGAAGAAGAGAAAGACGUUUCAGUGAAAGAAGAGGAAGAUGCGUUCAGAGUGAAAGAGGAGGAUGUUACAGUAAAAGAAGAGGAGGAAGAUAAAGAGGAGAUGACUGUCACGUCGAAAAAGGAGGAGGAAGAAGAGGAGGAAACUGGAUAUCUGGGCCCGGAUUCCCAAACGCAUCUUAAGGCAUCCAAUGGUUCUAAUGAUGAAUUUAGCCGUAAGAUGGUUUUGAGAAACCGUUCCCUGAUUAACACUAGAGAGAGACGUGACCAUCGUGGAUCCACUGGGGAGCCUCAACAACCUCAUGAAGCUGAAGAGGCAGACAGGAAUCUCUCCACAUCAGAACAUCUCAGGCGGAAACCCACAGGGAAGAAAUCUCUCCACUGCUCUGACUGUGGGAAGAGUUACUCAAUAUCAGGUUCACUGAAAGUGCACCAGAGAUUUCACACAGAAGAGACAUCUCACUGCUGCUCUGACUGUUGGAAGAGAUUCACCUCUUCAGCAGAGCUCAAAAGACAUCAGAGAAUCCACACAGGAGGGAAACGUAAUAGCUGUGAUCAAUGUGGGAAGAGUUUUAAUGCUCCAAGCAGCCUGAAAACACACCAGAGAAUACACACAGGAAAGAAACCUUAUAGCUGCUCUGACUGUGGGAACACCUUUUCAAAACUAUAUACAUUACAAUCACACCAGAGAAUUCACACUGGAGAGAAACCCCAUAGCUGUGAUCAAUGUGGGAAGAGUUUUACAACAUCUAGUCAUCUGACUAUUCACCAGAGAACACACACAGGAGAGAAACCUUAUAGCUGUGAUCAAUGUGGGAAGACAUUUUCCAAAUUAUAUACAUUACAAUCACACCAGAGAAUUCACACUGGAGAGAAACCUCAUAGCUGUGAUAAAUGUGGGAAGAGUUUUACUACAUCUAGCAAUCUGACUAUUCACCAGAGAACACACACAGGAGAGAAACCUCAUGGCUGUGAUCAAUGUGGGAAGAGUUUUACUACAUCUAGCAUUCUGACUAUUCACCAGAGAACACACACAGGAGAGAAACCGUAUAGCUGUAAUCAAUGUGGGAAGAGUUUUGUUACAUCCAGCAAUCUGACUAUUCACCAGAGAACACACACAGGAGAGAAACCAUAUAGCUGUAAUCAAUGUGGAAAGUGUUUUGCUCAUGCAGGCAACCUGGUAGCACACCUGAGAAUACACACUGGAGAGAAACCUUAUAGCUGUGAUCAAUGUGGGAAGAGUUUUACUUCAUCUAGCCAUCUGACUACACACCAGAGAACACACAGGAGAGAAACCUCAUAGCUGUCAUCAAUGUUGGAAGAGAUACUCUGAUAAAAGAUCUGUCAUUUAAACAUCAGAAAAUACAUUUAUGAAGGAGUUGUUUCAUGAUAUCAAUGAAAAAUGUCACAAUGUAGAAUAUUUUAACAUUGUAGUAGGAGUGUUCUAAUGAUGUCACAAUGUAGAAUGUUUUAACAUUGUAGUAGGAGUAUUCUAAUGAUGUCACAAUUUAGAAUGUUUUAACAUUGUAGUAGGAGUGUUCUAAUGAUGUCACAAUGUAGAAUGUUUUAAAAUCACAGGAGUAUUUGAAUUAAUAUCACAAUAUACAAUUUUUUAAACAUUGUAGUAAUGUAACCUUUAUUUAACUAGGCAAGUCAGUUAAGAACAAAGUCUUAUUUACAAUGGCAAAAAGACGUUGACAAUAAGACCAGACCCGACAUCCAAUAUGGUCGGUUUUGGUUGAAAGUUGAAAAGACGUCUUCUUCGGGUGCUUGCGCUCAGCGAUUUGAAAACAACUUAAUUUCAACGUACUUGCAGCCUAUACACAUGGACUAUCAAAAAUUGGUCUAUGAACAAUUUUAUUGACCGUCAUAUCACUCCAGUAUACACACUAUUUCUUGACAACAUUCAAGUGCUAAUUGUCUUUAUUCCACUACUGAAGAAGCAUGUCCCAAAUCACCUCAUAUUUCAAACAUUCAGCCUGACAAAAUAUACAUGUUUUAUUAUUCCAUGCCUCACCAUUAAGUUCAUUAUUGCCACUACAUAUUAACAAAGGGGUGAACAUUUGGUUUUGAUAUUUCAUAUUUUAAAUGUAACAUUUUCAACUAACUUGACAAUUUUUUAGGUACAAUUAUAUUGUUUACAAAGACUGUAGUAUAAAACAAGCUUAUAUUUCUGGUUGGAUAUUACAUCCUAUUCUUACUAUUUUAAUCAAUGUCAUUUCCUUAGAAUGAUCAUUAGUCUUUCAGCUUGUUAUUCUAUAGUUUUAAUGUCAUUUCCUUAGAAUGAUCAUUAGUCUUUCAGCUUGUUAUUCUAUAGUUUUAAUGUCAUUUCCUUAGGAUGCUCAUUAGUCUUUCAGUUUGUUAUUCUAUAGUUUUAAUGUCAUUUCCUUAGGAUGCUCAUUAGUCUUUCAGCUUGUUAUUCUAUAGUUUUAAUGUCAUUUCCUUAGGAUGCUCAUUAGUCUUUCAGCUUGUUAUUCUAUAGUUUUAAUUUCAUUUCCUUAGGAUGCUCAUUAGUCUUUCAGCUUGUUAUUCUAUAGUUUUAAUGUCAUUUCCUUAGGAUGAUCAUUAGUCUUUCAGCUUGUUAUUCUAUAGUUUUAAUGUCAUUUCCUUAGGAUGAUCAUUAGUCUUUCAGCUUGUUAUUCUAUAGUUUUAAUGUCAUUUCCUUAGGAUGCUCAUUAGUCUUUCAGUUUGUUAUUCUAUAGUUUUAAUGUCAUUUCCUUAGGAUGCUCAUUAGUCUUUCAGCUUGUUAUUCUAUAGUUUUAAUGUCAUUUCCUUAGGAUGCUCAUUAGUCUUUCAGCUUGUUAUUCUAUAGUUUUAAUGUCAUUUCCUUAGGAUGCUCAUUAGUCUUUCAGCUUGUUAUUCUAUAGUUUUAAUUUCAUUUCCUUAGGAUGCUCAUUAGUCUUUCAGCUUGUUAUUCUAUAGUUUUAAUGUCAUUUCCUUAGGAUGAUCAUUAGUCUUUCAGCUUGUUAUUCUAUAGUUUUAAUGUCAUUUCCUUAGGAUGAUCAUUAGUCUUUCAGCUUGUUAUUCUAUAGUUUUAACGUCAUUUCCUUAGGAUGCUCAUUAGUCUUUCAGUUUGUUAUUCUAUAGUUUUAAUGUCAUUUCCUUAGGAUGAUCAUUAGUCUUUCAGCUUGUUAUUCUAUAGUUUUAAUGUCAUUUCCUUAGGAUGCUCAUUAGUCUUUCAGCUUGUUAUUCUAUAGUUUUAAUGUCAUUUCCUUAGGAUGCUCAUUAGUCUUUCAGCUUGUUAUUCUAUAGUUUUAAUGUCAUUUCCUUGGGAUGCUCAUUAGUCUUUCAGCUUGUUAUUCUAUAGUUUUAAUGUCAUUUCCUUAGGAUGCUCAUUAGUCUUUCAGUUUGUUAUUCUAUAGUUUUAAUGUCAUUUCCUUAGGAUGAUCAUUAGUCUUUCAGUUUGUUAUUCUAUAGUUUUAAUGUCAUUUCCUUAGGAUGCUCAUUAGUCUUUCAGCUUGUUAUUCUAUAGUUUUAAUGUCAUUUCCUUAGAAUGAUCAUUAGUCUUUCAGCUUGUUAUUCUAUAGUUUUAAUGUCAUUUCCUUAGGAUGCUCAUUAGUCUUUCAGUUUGUUAUUCUAUAGUUUUAAUGUCAUUUCCUUAGUUUUAAUGUCAUUUCCUUAGGAUGCUCAUUAGUCUUUCAGCUUGUUAUUCUAUAGUUUUAAUGUCAUUUCCUUAGGAUGCUCAUUAGUCUUUCAGUUUGUUAUUCUAUAGUUUUAAUGUCAUUUCCUUAGGAUCCUCAUUAGUCUUUCAGCUUGUUAUUCUAUAGUUUUAAUGUCAUUUCCUUAGGAUGCUCAUUAGUCUUUCAGUUUGUUAUUCUAUAGUUUUAAUCGUCUUAUGUUUGUUGUGUAGUACAUAUUAAAGGUUUGAUUUUCAUAGUGAU